GAAUUUUAUUGUCCAAAAGGGGCAACCCCUGAGAACAUCGCUGCAGGGGCGCUGCAUAGAAACAUGGUAUUUAAACACCACUGAUAACGACUCAUGCAACUCUGAUGCACCGAGGGUGUGACAUGCCGACUUUGCAAGUCCCAGAAUCACCAAUCAGCAUCAUCCGGCCCAUCUUCAGAGUUUCAAUCGGUCUCAUCUGAUCUCGCCAUCAAACUGAAUUGGCGAUCAUGCUCUCGUCCGUCUCAACCAUCCUCCUCGGCCUUACGGCCCUCAUCCCGGCGGUCUCGGCCGUGCCUGCCACGGCGGUGCCCCGGGACGACACUGCUGGCAAGCAGCAGCCCGGAACACUCCCUCUCCCUGAACGCCUGCUGUACCACUGGCCCAACGGGACCUGGGUCGAGAACAUUGCCGUGCGCCCCAACGGCAACCUGCUGCUCACCACAUCCACGCCCAACGGCACCGUGUGGCACGUCAAGAAGCCCUGGCUCGCCCAGCCCGAGGUCGAGCUCGCCUACAAUUUCGACCAGUGGGUCGACCGCCUGAUCGGCAUUGGCGAGUCGACGCCCGACAAGUACAUCGUCGUCGGGUCACGCUUCUACUCGCCCGACCCUCUGUCCAGUCAGGUCGAGCGGACCUUUGCAGCCAUGGAACUCGAUUUCACUCGCGAGCCACCCAAGGCUCGCUUAGUCGCCUGGUUCCCCGAAGCCGCUCUCCUGCAAGGCGUGGCCGCACUCCCCUGGGACCGGAGCACGGUGCUCAUCUCGGACCAGUACGUGCUGCGUCCGCGGCGCAUCCAGCAGGACUGGACUCCCUCACCGGGCCAGAUCUGGCGGCUCGACACCCGCACGGGCAAGUACGAGCUGACCAUGACCGACUACGCCGAGAUGAACACGACGUACGCGCACGGUCCCGAUGUGGGCAUCGACGGCAUCCGCAUCCUGGGCGAUCAGCUGUACUGGGUCAACCAGGACACGGGCGGCAUCCACCGCGUGCAGAUCAAGAAGAACGGGUACCCCGUGACGCCGCGCGCCAAGCCCGAGACGGUCGCCAAGGUUGAUACCGAGUUGUGGAAUGAUUUUGCGUUCGGUCCUGAGGGUAAGAAGGAUGAGUUGAUGUGGGUGACGGGGUUUAACAAUAUCUAUGCCAUUUCGAUCCGCAACGGGUCGGCGGUUGUUGUCGGUGGCGCCGGCCAGAGCAACAACGAGACGUACCCCGGUCCGACGUCGUGCCAGUUUGGUCGGACGGACAAGGACAAGAAUAUCUUGUAUGUGACAGGCAACAUGGCUGCCAUCCCGCCCGAUCUUGAGCACAUCCAGCUCGGCGGCUGGGUGCGCGCUGUUGAUACCACGGGGUUUCACUUUUAA